AGCAGAAGCCCCAGGCUCCCGAGCCCCCGCCGCCGCCGAGCCUGGAAGCGGGAGCGGGUGCAGGGCCCCCGGCGGCGCCCGUGGAGCCGGACCGCGACGGCCCCAGGGAGGAGGACGAGCCCAAGUUGGCGCCCGGACCGCAGGUAGGAGCGAGCGAGGGGAGUCCGGCUGCUCCGGCACUUUCCCCUCCUGGGAGCGGGGCCGGGGUGAGCUUGGGGAUGGACCAUCCUCCAUUGGCUGGGGGUUGAGGCUAUCUCCCCUGAGGCGGGAGUGGAGGCUGGACCCUUCUCUCCAAGCCGAAGCAUGGUCCGUCCUGUCCUGUGACCAGAGCUGCCUGCCCUCUCCCGGGGCCUCCGGGCUGGAGCAGGGGCUAAACCUUCUGGUCGUAUACCCACACUGGGACUGGGCUGUGCUCCUGAGGCCACAGCUCGGCUCUCUGCCCUUCACCUCCCCCUGGGCCCACCUGCUCCCCCACCUACCCACAGGCCAGCCUGGGGCGCUGUGGCCUGGAAGGCUGCAGCCUCUUCCCUCUCCCCACCCCGGGAGCGGCCCCACCCUUUCCCCUCACUGCCUGCAGCCACUGCCCCCUGAGCAGCUGUGUGCCCCCAGCAUAUGUCUCCUGUGGCCUCCCGCCUCUCCCUGCCCAGAAGACUAUUUGGUGGGGCGCCUGCACCGAAGUGUAAACUAGCAAAACCUGCCCUUUCUUCCCUGUAUACCUCUGACCAACAAGGUGGCCCACCCCAACCCUCAGAUCCCUGGGUUUGGUGAAUCCUGCCGCGAGUGAGCAGUAGCAGGACUCAGCAAAGCUUCCAGCUUGUCACCUGGAAGAAGGUCACUUUAUUUUGAGCAAAGGAGUUAAUGGGAGGUACCCUGCUAGUGUUCACUGAGAGCCCGGGGUGGCAUGAGCCACAGUUGCUCUGGGAGGGUUGUGGCACCUGGGGCUGGGUGGCUCGCCCUAAGCUUGCUCUGACAAAAGAGUUUUGAGUUGGUCUUUUGGCUGAGCCUGCCAAGGAAGGCAGGCUCCUGCAGGAGUCUUGGAGGGUCGGAUGCAGCGCCGGAUGAGGAUGAGGCGUGGCGGAAGAUGCGUUUGGCUCUGCAGACACUGCAUCGGGCAGCAGGGGACUCUGGGAGGCUGGUGCAGCCAGAAGGCAUGGCUCUUGACAGCCUUCUAGUAGAAUCUCUGGAAUUGUGCAUGACAGAAGAGGAAAGAAACUAACGGGUAUUGAGCACCUACUGUGUGCCAGGCCCAGGCCAGGUUCCCCCCACCUCCACCCAGUCUGUGCAGACUUGCUGCCUGCUAUGUCAUCGGGAACGCAAAGGCUGGGAAGAAGGCCCUUCCCAAAACGGACUGGUGUUGCAGGGUGAGAAGCUGCCCCCUGACUUCAUGCCAAAGCUUGUCAAGAAUCUCCUAGGCGAGAUGCCUCUAUGGGUCUGCCAGAGUUGCCGAAAGAGCAUGGAGGAAGAUGAAAGGCAGACAGGUCGAGAGCAUGCAGUGGCGAUCUCCUUGUCACACACAUCCUGCAAAUCACAGUCUUGUGGGGGUGACUCUCAUUCCUCUUCGUCCUCCUCUUCAUCGUCCUCGUCCUCCUCCUCCUGCCAUGGGAACUCGGGGGACUGGGACCCCAGCUCCUUCCUGUCAGCACAUAAGCUUUCGGGCCUCUGGAACUCUCCGCACUCCAGUGGGGCCGUGCCGGGUAGCUCACUCGGGAGUCCUCCUACCAUCCCUGGUGAGGUUUUCUCUCUCUCGGAGCACCACCGGCACUCAGACCUCACUGCUCCACCCAACAGCCCCACCGGCCACCACCCCCAGCCAGCAUCGCUGAGCCCAUCUCAGCCCGGAUCCUUCGGCUCACCACCCCACCCGCACCUGCUGCCUGCUACCCCGGCAGCGCCUUUCCCUGCCCAGGCUUCAGAAUGCCCUGUUGCCACUGCUGCCGCCCCCCACACCCCAGGGGCAUGUCAGACCCCCCACCUGCCCUCCACCAGCAUGCCGCUCCUGAAGAUGCCUCCACCAUUCUCGGGGUGCAGCCACCCCUGUAGCGGGCACUGCAGCGGGCACUGCAGCGGGCCUCUCCUCCCACCUCCCAGCUCUCAGCAACUCCCUAGCACUCACAGCAGGGACCCUGGGUGCAAGGGGCACAGGUUUACGCACAGCGGCCUGGCCUGCCAGCUCCCCCAGCCCUGCGAGGCAGAUGAGGGCCUGGGUGAGGAAGAGGACAGCAGCUCAGAGCGCAGCUCCUGCACCUCCUCCUCCGCUCACCAGAGAGAUGGGAAGUUCUGUGACUGCUGCUACUGUGAGUUCUUCGGCCACAAUGCGCCACCCGCUGCCCCGACGAGUCGGAAUUACACAGAGAUCCGCGAGAAGCUCCGCUCGAGGCUGACCAGGCGGAAAGAGGAGCUGCCCGUGAAGGGGGGCGCCCUGGGCGGGAUCCCUGGGGAGCCCGCCGUGGACCACCGGGAUGUGGAUGAGCUGCUGGAAUUCAUCAACAGCACGGAGCCCAAAGUCCCCAACAGCGCCAGGGCCGCCAAGCGGGCCCGGCACAAGCUGAAAAAGAAGGAAAAGGAGAAGGCCCACUUGGCAGCAGAAGCUUUAAAGCAGGUGAAUCGUAGUGUUUCUGGAAGCCGGGAGCCAAGGCCUGCCAGGGAGAGGCUCUUGGAGUGGCCUGACCGGGAGCUGGAUCGGGUCAACAGCUUCCUGAGCAGCCGUCUGCAAGAGAUCAAGAACACUGUCAAGGACUCUAUCCGUGCCAGCUUCAGUGUGUGUGAGCUCAACAUGGACAGCAAUGGAUUCUCUAAGGAGGGGGCUGCUGAGCCAGAGUCCCAGCGCCUAUCCCCCUCAAACCUCAAUGGCUCCUCAGAGCAACGGCCUGACAUUAACCUUGACCUGUCCCCUUUGACUUUGGGGUCCUCUCAGAACCACACGCUACGAGUUCCAGGUGAGCCAGCCCCACCGUGGACAGAAAUGAGAGGCUCUCACCCACCAUGGACAGAGGUGAGGGGGCCCCCUCCCGGUAUCAUCCCUGAGAAUGGGCUAGUGAGGAGACUCAACGCCGUGCCCAACCUUUCCCGGGUGAUCUGGGUCAAGACACCCAAGCCAGGCCACCCUAGCCCUGAGGAGCCAAGCCCAAAGGAGGUUCCCAGUUGCAAGCAGGAGCUGCCCGAGCCUGUGGCCUCAAGUGGGAAGCCGCGGAAGGGCAAGAGACAGGGCAGUCAGGCCAAGAAGAACGAGGCGAGCCCAGCCCCCCGGUCCCCAGCCAGUCUUGAGGCUCCCAGUGCCAAGGGCCAGACCCCCAGCUCCAAGCAGCCAGGCAAGGCCCCAGAGCCUCCCAAAGUGGGCAGCUGUGCCGAGGCUGGAGAGGGGAGCCGGGGGAGCCAGCCGGGAGCAGGCUGGGCUGGUAGCCCCAAAGCCGACGAGAAGGGCAGCUCCUGGCGAAACUGGCCAGGUGAGGCCAAAGCACGGCCUCUGGAGCAGGAGUCCAUGCAGCCCCCAGGCCCAGCAAGGCCACAGAGCUUGCCGCAGGGCAAGGGCCGCAGCCGCCGGAGCCGCAACAAGCAGGAGAAGACGGCCGCUUCCCUGGACGAUGUGUUCCUGCCCAAGGACAUGGAUGGGGUGGAGAUGGAUGAGACUGACCGGGAGGUGGAGUACUUCAAGAGGUUCUGUUUGGAUUCUGCAAAGCAAACUCGCCAGAAAGUUGCUGUGAACUGGACCAACUUCAGCCUCAAGAAAACCACUCCCAGCACAGCUCAGUGAGCCCCCUGCCGGGUCGAGCUGCUUCAGGGUGUCCUGAGACCCCAACUGCCAGCUGAAGGUCUACAGUUUCUUCCUCCACAUCCCUACCCACCUGCCCAAGAUCUCCCUGCUCCUCACCAUCCUGGACCAACCAAAAGUUGAACGGAUGCUGUGCCGUGCUGGGGCCCCUCAGGACCUCCACAGAGCCGCUUCCUGGUGCUACGCAGCCUCCUCACUCAGAGCCUGGGGGCUGGACUGGCUUGUGGGCCGGGGGCUGAUGGUACUGCUGGCCCAACAUUGCUCUCUUUGUGUUUGGUUUUGUUUUUGUUCUUGUUUUUCAAUUCUUUACUUUUGAUACUGUGAAGAUCUUUCCUGCAGAAAGAUAAAGCAACAUUUGGACACAGAGUCAGUGUGUUGAUGGUUUGCUGGUCUGGGGCAGGGGUGAGGUGAGGAAUGUACUCAGAAGCAUGGGAUCUGCCUUGGUCAUUAGCCUCACUGAGCAGAUAUUAUGUGUCAACAGUUUGGCAGUUUUCACUUAAUUCCACAACUGUUCUAAAUGGGGCUGUUAUCCAAUUUUACAGAUGAAAUUAAAACUAAGACAGGAAAGUGACUUUAGUGCACUCAGUCUGGCUGAGCAGAGUUAGAGCCUAGGCCCAUAUAACAGCAGCAUCUGUGUACUUUCUCCUGGUGGCAGGACUUUG